AUUACAAAAUCCUUUUCUUCAUUCAGCACCAUCAUUCCUCCAUCAUCUUCUUCUUCAGUUCGAUUUCAACUCAAUUCCCCCUUUCUCCACACUACCCACUUUUUCUCUCCCCUCUACAACUACCUCAUCAACACCGACUCCACCACUCCUAUCUCCUUUUUCAUCAAUAACCAAAACUCACUUUCCAGUUUACUCUCAAUCUACCACACUACUAGGGUUUUCACCAAAUCAACCAAUUAAAAGGACCCAUUUGGUUCGUUUACACUUUCACGCCUUUAAUUCCUCAAAUCUCAAUCUGGGUCGUGCUAAAUUUCAAAUCUUUAUUAAUGGGAAAGAGUAUUCAACAAUGAACUUGUGAAGAGUACCAAAGAAGGAUCAUCACUUUAUAUAUCACCAUCACACAAAUUAAAUUAGUAAUCCAAGACGAAGAGAAACAAAACAUCGAUUGCAGAGGAGGAAGACAGAUGGAGAAGAAGACCGGCCUGUAUCUGCCUCAUGAAUUGAUAAUACAAAUCAUGUUGAGGUUACCGGUGAAGUCUCUCAUACGUUUCAAAUGCGUUUGUAAGUCAUUGUUAGCUCUUAUCUCUGAUCAUAACUUUGCAAAAUCGCAUUUUGAACUUUCCACUGCAACACACACUAAUAGAAUUGUGUUCAUGUCAACUCUAGCUCUUGAAACUCGAUCCAUUGAUUUUGAAGCGUCGCUUAACGAUGAUUCUGCUUCUACUUCACUGAACCUUAAUUUUAUGCCUCCAGAAUCUUAUUCUAGUCUUGAAAUUAAAAGUUCAUGUAGAGGAUUUAUAGUUUUGACUUGUUCUUCAAACAUCUACCUAUGGAAUCCAUCAACUGGACAUCACAAACAAAUACCUUUUCCUGCUUCCAAUUUAGAUGCCAAAUAUUCAUGUUGUCUGUAUGGUUUUGGGUAUGACCAUUUAAGAGAUGAUUACUUGGUGGUAUCAGUGUCCUAUAAUACAAGUAUAGACCCAGUAGACGAUAAUAUUUCUUCACAUUUGAAGUUUUUCUCAUUGAGAGCUAAUACAUGGAACGAAAUUGAGUGUCCUGGAUUUGUAAAGUAUAAUCACUUCCCUUAUUAUAUGAAUGCAAAUGAUGAUCCCAAAGUAGGGAUGCUCUUUAAUGGGACUAUUCAUUGGUUCUCUUUUCGCCAUGAUUUAUCAAUGGAUGUUAUUGUUGGCUUUGAUUUAGUGGAAAGGAAACUUUUGGAGAUGCAUUUUCCAGAUGGUUUUGACUAUGAACCUAUAGAUUGUGAUUUGUGGAUAUUUGGAGAAUUUCUAAGUCUAUGGGCUAUGGAGGAUGGAACAGUUGAAAUAUGGGUUAUGAAAGAAUACAAAGUGCAUUCGUCUUGGGUUAAAACUCUUGUCCUAUCUAUUGAUGACAUUUCCAUUGAGUAUUAUCCCCCAAUAUGCUCUACAAAAAGUGGUGGUAUUAUUGGAACAAAUGGUGGUGGUGAAUUGGUAAAGUAUGAUGGCAAUGGUCAGUUGCUAGAGAAUCGCUCAUACUUUAACGAUCCAUGUGCCCUAGUGGUUAUGUACACAGAGUCUCUGCUUUCACUCCCUGGUGACAGUGGGCAAUUUUAAGAUGACACAGAGAAGAAGAAUGAGGUUGUGAAGCAUUCUUCUUCAACUUCUUGAUAUUUAUAAUUAUAUUAUAUUAUAAACUCUUGGGUGGCUGCAUUUGUUGGGUAAUAUGUGUUUGAUUUUGUUUGUAAUAUGAUCCAGUAUGCAACACAAGCUAAUGUAAUAUGUUUAUUGGUCAAAUAUUUGUAAUGUUCAUUGAAAAUCUUGACAAUUUAGAUUGUGUGAUUCACAGUUAAUUA